AUGGCUCCGCCUCAUCAACCGACCACUCCGCAACGUCAGCGGAGUUAUCGAGAAUUUCUUGUCGACUUGAAUCAAACAUAUGAGCUUGAAAUCCCGGUCCCGCAGGACUGGUCGCCUGUCGCUCGUGGAAGUAAUAGUUCGGCAGCACUGGAAGUCUUCGAAGGCCUUCGAUUGCUGUUUUGGAGCCAUCGGCCGAUCCUGGACCGUGUCCUCGCUGACUUUGAGGAGUGGAUCGCCAGAAAUCGGCCAUGCACCAAGCAACAGUGGAAUUUUGUGAAAUGGCGGUACGAGCAACAACCACAAGUACUGAGUCAGAAAGACAGAGACCAGCGGGUGGACCAUUUGUUUCUUUUACUUCGAAGCGAACUAUGCUUACUCAAGAAUAAGCGUAUGGACUCAAAUGAUCGGGCAUCCGUGAAUCCGAGAGAUGCCAGGAUAGGAUGUUCACCCAAGAAGCGCCGAUUCUCGAGUGAAGGUGAUGAUGAAUAUCGCACAGCGCCCAGCUCGCCAGCCAAGAGAAACCAGCCCGUUACACCUGAUCUCAGGCAAUUGAAAAUCUCGGAACAGAGUGAGCGGUGUUUGAAUCAGCGGGGCAAUGGAAAUGGAGUGCAAACGCCAGCGCCCACUUUCUUGGAAAGACUCAAAGCCAGUCAGACAGUUGCGCACAAUGAGAGACGAUAUGAUGCGCCUCACCCAGCUAUGGAUGCAAUGAAUACAAGUUUCUCGACUGUCACUAGCUCGGUCUUGUUUGCAUCGCAUAGUGAAGGAAUAGAAGAAUCAUUUGCAACUGACAUCACCGAACCAAUGGAUUCCCAGUCAACCUAUGCCGAUUCUAUUGUCGGCGCAUUCAUUGAACAGGAGAUGAGUCUGAGCGCCGACACGCCUGCUUUGAAUGAACGGGCAAGCUCUUUACAGGAGCAAUUGGUCACGCAGCUCUUGCAAGAUGGGCCUUUCUCCGUCGAUCAACCACUUCCGGCGAGAAUUUCACUGCGUUCUCGAUACGAAUUAGAGCGUAUUUCACGAGUCUGGAACGUUCCACUCGACCAAAUGCUGAAGAACUCAUCUGUCUACACUGACCAUGACAAGUUUUGGACAUGGGUUCAAAACCAUCAUUUACGAGGAGACCGUCCCAGUCCAGAAAAGUCCCCCCGCGGGGUUUGGGAAGCUGCGGUAGAUGGCUUCAAGACGGGAAAACACUCUGAAGUCGUGGUCAUGACAGGAGAACUGGAUUGGUGCGUGAAGAACGAACCCGGCAUCUUCAAAUUGCGCUUGAAUCCUCUUAAAUCAGAACGCACCUGUCGCUUCCAUCGACGGUUUGGAUCCGAUCGGUUUUUGACAAUUACCAUCCCCGCCGCAGCUCGACCACCAGUCCAUCUCAGAUUCGAAGAACAACCAUCUGUUCUUCGACAGAGCAUUGCGGCUUGGCUAACUCGAAAUGAUCACCACUGCCUUGGACGCACUUGGCGCGCCUUCUUCAUGGAGGAAGUCAAAUCGAAGAAGAAAGUCAAGGCCGAGCCCCGCUUUCGCGUUGAGUUCUUUGCUGUCGAUGGUGUAGAUUUCCUGGGUAAAUCUCUCGCGUCUCUUGCUCCGCCGAAUCAAGCUAGUGAGAAACACACGCCAAUGAGUUUGGAAGACCUUCUUGAAUGGCAUAUGCCUGCCGCGGCGAAUCGCAACCAGAAAAAUUGCAAGUUGUUCCAGCGCAUUUCUUUGGGGUUGUCCAAGACAUGGGCAUCUGUGGUUAUUCCGUGUACUCGGGUGAUCAAUCUACCUGAUGUUCGCAGACCUCAUCAACCUGUCAUGAAUGAUGGUUGUGCUUUGAUGUCUCGCAAUUUGGCAAGACGGAUCUGUGAGCAGCUUAAGAUCAAUGGCGAUCUUCCGAGUGCAUUUCAAGGUCGAAUCGCGGGUGCUAAAGGUCUUUGGAUGGUUGAUGGUGAGGUACCGAGGCAUGGCGCUUUCCAUAAAGACGGAGGCGAUGGCAUAUGGAUUGAGAUCUCGGAUUCACAAUUGAAGAUUAAGCCGCACCCGGUCAAUUGGAAAGAUCCUGUCGAUGAAGAGAAGCUUACUUUUGAGGUGGUUAAUUGGUCUAAAUCAUUGCAUCCGGUGGAUCUCAAUAUCCAGCUUCUUGGUAUUCUUGACUUUGGGGGACACAUGAAGGAGUACAUUGCAAAGUUGACACAUGAUGGUGUCUGGGCAUUGUAUCAUGACUUUGCGUACGUGCUACAGACAAACGAUGCUGUUCAUUGUCGGAGUCUUCUCCAAAAGCUUCGUCCAUCAGGUGAGGAUGGACCACAUAAGGCGCGGCGAAUAGAGCAGUGGAAUAUGAAUGAUGCCGAGUACAUCAUUCGCUUGUCGGAGGCUGGCUUCAAGCCUCAAUCGUUCCGUCCUCUUCGACGUCGUCUACGGAGGUUUCUGGAGUAUCUGCUGGAGCGACAUGUUGAGGAACUCCACAUUCAGGUGCCACUGUCCACGUAUGCUUACUGUAUCGCUGACCCUUACGGUGUUCUUCAACCGGACGAGGUCCAUUUCGGACUGUCGACCAAUUGGCGAGAUCCGAAUAAUGAGUUCCUCGAUAACAUGGUCACCGGAAGGGAUGUCUUAGUCGGUCGAUUACCGGCUCAUGUUCCAUCUGAUAUUCAACGCCGUAGGGCUGUGUGGAAGACCGAGCUCCGACAUUUCAAGGAUGUGAUUGUGUUCCCGACGACGGGCAAUAUACCACUUGCGCACAUGUUGUCUGGUGAUCUCCCACAUGUGGAGUUCCCGCCGCAGCACUACGGCCUCACAGAGCACUCGGUGCCUAUGGCUGAGCUGUCCACGACUGCGGACUUCUUACUGAGCGCGUUCGAGUUCAACCUGACCAUGUCCAGCCUGGGAAAGUGCACAGUUGAGCAUGAGAAGGUUUCGUACGACGAGUCAAUCGAUAGCCCCAACGCCAAAGAACUGGCCUGUCUCCUCAGUCAUCUAGUUGAUGGACGAAAAGGUGGUGUCCAUCUGUCCGAGCUCGCAUGGCAAGAAUACCGCAAGAAGAUCAGCCCGAAAAAUCGAUCCCCACCUGCAUAUCGUCUUCCACUCCGCAAACCCAAGACAAGCAACAUAGUCGACUAUUUGAAAUUCGUGGUCGCCAAGACUCAACAUGAUGCAAUCCUGAAGCAGCUCAAUGAUACGUAUCCCGAAGAUGUAGGUCUGGAUGACCGGGACGAAGACCUCAUUCGUCCAUGGCAGGAGGCCAUCACCGCUGCCGACAAACGUGAACCCAACUGCAGGGAGUUGAGCAUUGCACUGUCACAAAUGGAACAAAAUGUCAAAUCAAUCUUCGGCCAGUGGAUGAUUUCUUUCACGAACUCGAAUGAGAGAGAGACCUUCUCGCCCAAAUCACGCGAGGUCAUCUGCAGACUCUCCUCUUCCCACCACCUGAAGGGUCCCACUGGCUACUUUGCCUCUGGCGCAAUCGACCGGACGAAUGGCAACGAUUACUGGUCCUCGCGCAGUGUUAUCCACGAUGUGCUCGCUACCUACCGAGUCAAUCAGAAGAUGGUUGCCCGACUCACGGCUAGAGAGACCCUCACCAAGCCCGAGGCAGUCGAGGAGGAUGCAGACGAGUAUGAAGGCGCAGAGGCCAUCGAGUCCCUCGUGUCUUCCCAAGGAUGGGAGGUCCAUGAUUAUUUUGACGACGGCAUGUCCGUCGAAUGA